AUGAUUGGUGUUUGGGCGAAAGUCCAGCUCCUGUGCAAGGACCACUCCUCAUCUGCAAUUUCUAGGAACCUCAACUCGGCGCAGCAUUUAUCCCGCUUGGCAGCAUCGCUGUUUGAUGAAGCUUCUGCUGUGAGGGUCUCUGUCCGUCAAGACGAUAAAACACCCGAAGUCCAGAUUCUAUCACUUCUUCAUGAUGCUGUUUAUCAUCAGUGUCAGAUCGUUCUACACUCCAUGAUUGUUCCUCUAUUUUCGGGCAUCCCCACUGAUCCAAAAAUUGAUCCUGAGACACAAAGAAAAGCCGCAGAGACUGUCACUCAUCAUGCAGACUUGUUUGAGCGCUUAUUGGCACCUUACCUUUAUGGCCAACGUGAUGUGUCACGACUGCCUCCUAUUGUUGGCUAUGGUGCUUUUGUAGUGGGCAUAGUUCUCCUGUCUACAGAAGUUUCUCGCCGUAACAAAUCAGCUGGUGGCUGUAGAAGCAAUAUUACACCUGCUUGA